CUGAGUUUGAGCUGCAUGCCAACCAGUCACAGCUUGACCAGAUGAAUGCUAGAGGUCUUCAGUUACUGGAAGAACUCAAGCAUGUACCAAACUUUGACAUUUCCGUACUUGAACAAGAUCUCGACAACACCAAUCAUCAAUGGGAAACAUCAAAUGCUGCCAUAGAUGAGCACAAACAGAACCUAGAAGCACAACUUGUCUGCUGGGACCAGGUGCAGUCUGGGAAAGAGGAACUGGAAUCAUGGGUGAACACCAUGGUUACCAGGCUGGACGACAGUCUCCAAAACUUUGACGAUGCCGUCAGUGUCGAAGCCUGUCUUGUAAAAUUCAAGGAGGAGGCUCCAUACUUCCAAGAAGUCCUGAACGAGAUGAGCCAGAAAAUUGAUGAUCUCAAAGCAAUGAAUCGUGAUGAAGACAUUCCACAACUUGUUGCUGAGCAAAAAGAAAUCCAGGAACAAUUUGAUAAAGCCACAAAACUAGCAAAUCAGCUUGAAGGUGUGAUGGCUAACUUUACUGAUGAGAGAGAAAACUUACAGAAGGAGAUUGAGGCUGAGUCUGAAUGGUUGAAUGAGAUGAAGGACAGACUCGGAAAAUGUGAUGACGUUUCAGGAACAGAUGAUGACAUUAUUCAGAGGCUUGAAAAUUGCAAGGAGCUUGAAGCAGAAAUGGCAGAACAUAAGAAGAGAGUUGCUGCUCUGAUGGACAAAGCUGAAGCCAUGCAGGCCAAGUUCCCAUCUGCCGAGACUUCGAACCUCGCCAAGGAUGCUGCUGUACUGAAGAAGAAGUUUGAUUCUGUGGUGAACCGUGGUGACAAGAUAGAGGACAUGUUACAAGGUACACUAGAACAGCACUGUCAUGAUGCUCAGCAACAACAACAGAGGUGGUUGAAUGCUGCCCUCGAGAAAGUGGCAUGGUGCGGAGAUAUUGCAGGAGAUAGAUACAGUGUAGAGGCCAAACUUGCUACCAUUAAGGACCUUAUAAAUGGUGCUAGUGAAGGAGAACAGAAGAAGAAUCUCGCAGCAGAGAAACUUGAGGCCCUUAAAGCUGUCUUACCCAAACAGAAACAAGCUGAGCUGGAACGCCAGAAGAAACAGGCAGAGGCAGAUUGGCAACAGCUUGUUAAAGCCAUGCAGGAUACAGAACACAAGCUGGAAUCUUCCAUUGACCAAUGGCAGGCCUAUGACAAGGAGUAUGAUACGUUGUCUCAGUGGUUGAAGGACACAGAAACUCGUGUACGUAACGAGGCAAACCUCAAACCAGAUCUACCCAGCAAGAUUGAACAGUAUGAACAAUUUAAGGCUCUUGCUCAAGAUGUUGUAGAACAUCAGCCAGACUUUGAGAAUGUACGUGAUUCUGCUCAGGGUAUUAGUAGGUCAACCGGAGAUGGUAGAACCGCUUCAUAUGCUGGACAACUGCUGUCCAGAUAUCAGACCCUAGCUGCCUCUGUACAGGAGCAAGUGGAGCGUUGUGAACAGAACAUUGAGGAUCACGAGGCUUACAAUGCCAAGCACAAGGAAAGCACUGACUGGAUCCAAGCCCAGCAACAGCAGCUGGUUGAGUGCUCUGACAUGCCGAGUGACAAUGAGGCCCUGGAGGCCAAGCUAGACACUAUACAGGCUCUUACUGCUGCUAAUGAUGAGGGACAAACAACAUUUAAUGCUGCUCUUGAAUCUGGUGAAAGACUUUACCCAAAUACCUCAAACGAGGGUCGUGAGGGUAUUAGACAUGAAUUACGCUCCCUACGUGACCAGUGGGAGAAUUAUAAUGAUACUUUACAUGAGACACAAAGAAACCUGGACAGCUGCAGAAUGCAGUGGUCCUCAUUUGAUGAGAACUUUGAGCAGUUGGAAAAAUGGGUCGGUGAAUCUACAGAACUUCUGAAGGAAGAAGCUGAGCCUAAAAAUACACUGCAGGAGAAGAAAGCUGCUCUUCAACAUUAUAGAACGAAGUGUCAGGAUAUCCUGUCUCAUCAGAGUAUGAUUGACAGUAUUGGCGACAAAGGCAGUGCCCUAGCCUCCACCAAAGUCAAGGGCAAACUGAACCAACUCAAUGCCAAAUACAAUGCUCUCUGCCAGGAGGCCAAGGCUCAGGUGAAAAAGGCAGAGAAUGAAGUCGACCAGCACCAGAAACUACAAGAUUUACACCAGCAGUGCCAGGAUUGGAUGGCUGCUACCAAGGACAAGCUAGCUGUGUGUGCGGAGGCUAGUGGUGAUAGACAGGCUUUACAGAAUAGACUUGACAAAGUACAGGAUUUAGUCAAAUCUAUGAGGGAUGGUGAAGCAAAGGUGAAGGCUGUACAUGUACAGGGAGAGAAAACCAUACCACAGACUGGUUCUCAAGGUCAGACUGCCAUCAAACGGGACCUUGAAGGUCUAACCCAGGACUGGGAAGCUCUGGCAACCAGAAUGGACGACACACAGGAAAAUUUGAUGCAUGCCCUUCAGGCACUGACAGCAUACGAUGGGUCAUGUGACCAGCUCAACAAAUGGCUGAGAGAAUGUGAAUCGGCUGUUAAGGACGUGGAAUUGAAAAGGACCCUCGGAGAUAAACAAGGUCAGGUCGAGAAGUUGAAGAAGAUGCAACAGGAAGUGUUGGCACGGCAACGACACUUUGACGAGUUACAGGACAUGGUGUCGCAUAUGCAGGGUGCUGACUCCAGACUCGUUAACUACAGCUCACAACUCCAUUCGAGAUACGAACAUUUGAAAACUAAUCUUAGGGAUCUUAUUAACCGCUGGCAAGACUAUGUGGGUGAGCACCAGAAUUACUCUACCAACUACAGUGAAUGUGUGGAGUGGGUUGAGACUUUGCAGAGACGCCAGCAGGUAUGUGCCGACAUGGCCGGGGAUCGACAGGAUGUAGAGGACAGACUGACAAAACUACAGGAACUUAUGGCAGAGAAAGAACAGGGUGCAGCCAAAAUACAUAUUACUGUAGAAAGUGGAGAAAAGUUGUACCCCAGCACAGCUGCUGAAGGAAGGGAGAUAAUUAGACAGGAGCUUAGAUCAUUACGUGACCAGUGGGAGCAAGUGUGUGACCAGCUCUCAGAAACCCAGCGCAAGUUGGAGUCGUGCCUUAUUCAAUGGUCCUCUUAUGAUGAGAACUACGAGCAGCUGCAAAAAUGGCUGCUGGACACAGAAGUUCAGUUAAACGAAGACACUGACAUGAAAGCUACUUUACCAGACAAGAAAGCACAACUACAAAAUCACAGGGUUCUUCAUCAAGACAUUAUGUCAAGACAGCAUGUGUUGGACAACCUGAAUGAGAAAGCCCAGUCUCUGUCACAGUCAUCUCCUGUUGCCAAGGUCAACAAGUUCGUUGACGAGGCAACCAAGAAAUAUGGCAAACUGUGUAACCAGUCUAAACAGAUGUUGGAGAAAUUUGAGGUUGCAGUCAAGGAUCACCAGCAGUACCAAGAUGCUUACCAGGACUGUGCUGAUUGGUUGAGCUCAUCACGUGACAAGGUGGAGGCGUGCGCGGACACAUCUGGAGAUCGUGUAUCCAUACAGAACAAGCUGGAGAGACUGAGGGAAUUUGCCAGCCAUGUGGGUGAUGGAGAGAAGAAACUACAACUUACCCAUGAAAUGUGUCAGAAAACCUCCAAAAACUCGUCCAUGGCAGGACGGGAAGUUCUCCAUCGAGAAAUGGACCAUCUGCAGUCAGAAUGGCAGGAUUAUGUAGCCAGAAUUAGACAGGCUGAGGAGGAUUUGGAACAUGCCAUGUUACAAUGGGGAGAUUUUGAAUCCAAAUUUGAUGUCUGCUCACAGUGGCUUAAACAUAUGGAACAACAAGUGAAGAACUAUGAACUCAAAUCAACACUGGAAGAUAAGAAAACUCAAGUGGAAAAAUUCAAGAAACAAAGAGAGGAGAUUUUAUCUCGACAGCCGGACUUUGACAGAUUUACCGAUGAUGCCCAGAAUCUCAUGCACACAAGUGCAGAUGUACGUCUCAGUACACAGGUAUCCCAACUGACCAAUCGCUAUCGUGGACUUCUCACACUGAUCAAGGACCUGAUCGGCAAGUGGGACAAAUAUGUUCAGGAUCAUCAAGCAUUUGACAAUAGAUACUCAGAAUUCAAAAAUUGGCUCGGACAAGCUGAGGACAAGUUGGAAUCAUGCCAACAACCAGCAGCUGAUCAAGAUACAAUGGAAGAAAAGAAAGCCAUGAUUCAGAUGAUGUUGGCAGAAAAAGAACAUGGAUUGCAGAGAUUGAACUCGGCUAUUGAAGCAGGAGAGAAGCUUUAUCCUGACACCGCUGCAGCAGGACGUGAAAAAGUACGCCAAAGUUUACGUUCUGCAAAGGAGGACUGGGAGCGACUCUUCAGUGCACUGAAUGACACCCAGCGGCGUGUUGACAACUUCCUGUUACAAUGGUCAUCGUACUCAGAAGGCCAGGAUGCACUGUUACGCUGGCUUGGUGACACGGAGGCCACCCUGAGGGCAGAUGUGGACCUGAAGAAUACCCUGCAAGAGAAACGCAUGCAACUUCAAAAUCACAGGUCAUUACUACAAGAUGUAGGAUCACAUCAGCGUAUUGUAGACUCUGUGGUGGAGAAGGCGCAGGGUGUUCUCCAGUCCACCUCUAACUCAGACGUGGCAUCCUUUAUCAAAGACAUCAACUCGCGAUAUGAGAAUCUAGCUCAAACUGCAAAGGUGCAGAUACAGAAGUCCGACAAGGCCGUAAAGGACCACCAGGAUCAUCAUGAUGCCCUGCAGGCUGCAGUAGACUGGUUAACAUUGAUGAAAGACAGACUGAGCACCUGCUCUGAUACUGCCGGUGACAGGCACACCCUUCAGAACAAACUAGACAGGGUCAAGGAGUUAAUGAGUUCUCUGCCAGAAGGAGAGGCCAAGAUCCGAGCUUGUGAGCAGUGUACAGAGAGAGCCAUGGAAUCAACGGCCUUGAAAGGUCGCCAGAUGAUCCAGCAGGAGCUCGAUGUUCUCAAACUGGACUGGGAAGAUUACAGUAUCAAAAUGUCCUCCCUACAGGACAGUCUCGAUAAGGCUGUACGCCACUGGGGACAGUACGAUGAUCAAUAUGGAAUCAUAUCCCAGUGGAUUAAGGAAAUGGAAAGACGUAUCAAAGAGUUCCCGCUUAAAUCUACCCUAGAGGAGAAACAGGAUCAGUUGAAAAAAUACCAGGGAAUGCAACGUGAUACUGAAGAUUGGGAAGAUGUUAUUCUAGUGUUUUCACAAGUUGAAAAUGACUUGAUGCAGGAAAUCAAGUCACGUCAGAGGGAGGUUGACCUAUUUUCUGAUGAGUCGCAGACGUUACAACAGUUGACAGGGGAGACACGUGUGACGUCAUCUAUAUCUCAACUCACUUCAAGAUACCAGUCACUGCAACAAGCUGUCAAGGACAUACUGAAGAAGUGUGAACAGAAUGUUGCUGAUCACAAACAUUACAAAGAGAAAUCCCGAGACCUUGGUCAGUGGCUUACACGUGCCAAAGAAAAAUUUGCCAAUAAUGCAGACACUACUGGUACCAGGCAAGAACUGGAGGAAAGACUUGAAAGAAUACAGGAGUUGAUCAGUGAACGAGAUACUGGCUUUGCUAAGCUGAACCAGGCUAUAGAAGCUGGUGAAAAGUUAUACCCCAACACGGCAACAGACGGACGUGAAAAGGUUCGUCAGGAGCUACGUCAACAUAAACUAACAUGGGAAAGUCUGGCUGAUGACCUGUCUUCAGCACAGCGUAAACUUGAGGUUGCCCUUGUACAAUGGACAACCUUUGAUGACAGUUAUGGACAAGUUGAACAAUGGUUGCGAGAUGCUGAAGUUCAGCUAGAAGGUCAGGUACCACUAAGAUCAACUCUCGAGGAAAAGAAAUCUCAGCUGCAGAAUUUCAAAGUGCUGCAUCAGGAUGUGCUGUCAUACCAGCGUGUGAUAGACUCAGUUGAUGACAAGGCUCGAACCCUGGUACAGAGCAGCAGUGAUCCACAGCUGUCCAACUUUGUCUCCCAGACUGGUGCUAGAUAUACUAAGCUGUGUAGCCUGGCUAAGGAGCGUGUGACACAGUAUGAAGGAUUUGUGGCAGAUCAUCAGCAGUAUAAUGAUGCCUACAACCAGUGUAUCGAGUGGCUCAACAGUAUACGUGAGAAACUGUCACUGUGUGCCGACAUUGCCGGAGAUAGACAUACCAUACAGAACAGACUUGACAAAAUACAGUCAAUUGAUAGAGAAAUAUUGAAAAAAGACAUUCUUGCAACCAAGAUGGAAGGGGAGCCCAAAGUGAAGAACAUUGUGGCUCUAGCUGAGAAAGUUCUUCCAAACACAGCACCCCAGGGCAAGGACAGUGUUGUCAGGGAGACGGAGGCCUUGAGGGCAGACUGGGAAGCUUUUGUUACAGCUCUACAGAAGACAAAGAAAGACCUAGAGAGCUGUAUGGACCAGUGGAAGGAGUUUGAUUCUUGGUUUGAACGCUGCAGCAACUGGCUGAAGGAAGUUGAGAUGAGGGUCAAAGACACAGAACUGAAGGCCACUCUAAAAGACAAGCAGAACCAGCUGGACAGGUUGAGAAAACUACAGGAGGAGUUGAAUGCCAGACAAGGUGAUAUUGAUGCAUUGAGUGACUCUGCCCAGGACCUUGUCAGAAUCAGUACAGACACUAGAGUGAUCAGUCAGUCAUCACAACUGGCAACUAAAUAUCAGACUCUCAAAGUCAAUGUCAAGGAAUUAUGUCGACGCUGGGAGCAGUAUGUCUUAGACCACCAGGCAUAUGGUAGUUCAUUUGACCAAUGUAAAUCAUGGGUUGUCAGCAUGAGAAAGAAACUGCAGUCACAGAGUGACGUGAAGGGAGAUAGACGGUCUGUUCAGGAACGUAUUGAAAAACUUCAGGAUCUGAUGGCAGACAAGGAAGAAGGAAUGCACAUGCUCCAGAUCGCCCUUGACAACCUGCAGAUAGUUCUUCCCAACACGAAUGUCGCUGGUCGUGACAACAUGAGACGAGAGAUGCAGACAUUGCAGGCUGAAUAUGAUGCUCUCUCGGCUGAUCUCAACGACACAAGAAACAAACUUGACGGAACUCUGUCACAGUGGACGGUGUAUGAUGACAGUGUGGAACAGUUGAGGAGAUGGUUGAACGACCUUGAGAACCAACUACGCACCGAGACACAGUUACAGAAUACCCUGCAAGAGAAGAAACUGCAGUUAGAGAGAAUAAAGGUUCUACAGUUGAACAUAAACUCUCAGCAGUCAACCAUUGAUAACCUGAAUGAGAAAGCUCAGAAUUUACAGCAGAAAUCAAGCAGUGAUGCUGACCUCAAUGGACAGAUCCGACAGAUUGUAGAGAAAUAUAACAGACUCUGUGGGGAUGCUAAGGAUCUUCAGUUGAACUGUGAGCAAUACAUGAAGAAUCACCAGCAGUACAGAGACUCGUACAUGGACACGUCAGAGUGGCUGAGUACAACAGUUGACAAGAUGAAUGCAUGUAGUGAUGUACGUGGUGACAGAACAGCAAUUGAGGCUCAGUUACAGAAAGUCCUGGAUAUUCUUGGUACCCUGGAGACAGGUCGCCAGAAGCUUGAUGAUACUCUGGGUCGUGGAGAUGCUGUACUACCAGAAACAUCCAAUCAGGGACAAGAACUGAUCAGGGAGGAGCUGAACAUGCUCACCAAUGACUUUGAGCAGUUUGAUACUGACAUCAAUGAACUGCAAUCAAAUCUUGAGAGAUUACGAGAUGAGUGGUAUACAUAUGAAGAGGAGUAUGAUCAACUGAACCAGUGGAUCAAAGAUACCGAGACAGAGAUGAAAUCAGACUCUGAACUGAAAGCAACGCUCGAGGAAAAGAACAUACAACUGGAAAGACAUAAUGCUUUACAUGAGGAGGUUAGCAGUAAGCAGACAGACUUUGAUGGUCUCACUGAGCAUGCUCAGGUUCUCCUCCAAUCAACAACAGACAACAGAGUGACAUCACAACUGACACAGAUGAGCUCUAGAUAUACCACGCUCAUUGCCAUGUCUAAGGACUUUAUGAAGAGAUUUCACCAGCAUGUUGAAGACCACCAGCAGUAUGCCGAGACAUUUACUGAGGCUGUCACCUGGUUACAGGGGUCACGUGACAAACUGUCCGUCUGUGCUGAUACCUCGGGUGAUAAAUACACCAUACAGUCCCAGCUGGAAAAACUACAGGAGUUCACUGUAAUGAAAGAGGAAGGCCAGUUACUGAUCCAUACUGCCCAGUCCUGGGGAGAGAAGACGAUGAACAAUACCUCUGUUGAUGGUCGGGAAAUGAUACGUCAAGAACUACAACAACUACAGCAGGAAUGGGAUGUUAUGAUUGGUGAAGUUACAGACACUAAGGUGAUGUUAGAAAGUUGCCUGCUACAAUGGACUGACUUCAAUGACAGUUACGAACAAAUCCAGAAACGCCUUCGAGAAAUGGAAAAGCGUCUCCGAGGCAGCGACCCCAAGGUUGAUCUAGGGGAGAAAAAGGCAGAGCUCCAGAGAAUUAAGGGGAUCUACCAGGAUGUGGUAUCGUUUGAGCAGAUGGUUGAGUCGGCAGGUGUGAAGGCUCAGGACCUGAUGCAGAAGAGUCCAGCCAGCAAGGCCUCCACCGAUACCUCACAGAUCAUCAACAAAUACCACCAGCUCAAAGAUCUUGCUAUGGAUAUGUUGGCAAGAGCAGAGAUGAAUGUUGCCCAGCACACAGCUUAUCAUGAUGCUUGCAACAAUUUUGUAUCCUGGCUAAGAUAUGCUCGUGAGAAACUGGCCACCUGCUCUGAUACUUUUGGAGAGAAAUCUGCAAUUCAGGGAAAAAUUGAGAGAGCUGCAGCCCUAGUUGAAGGACUGAAUGAAGGAUCUCAGCGAUUGGCUGAAGCUACCAAAGCAGGGGAGGGCACUCUGCCAAACACAUCACCAUCAGGACAGACAAAGAUACGCCAAGAGAUUAAAUCAAUGAACAAAGACUUCGAGGAAUUCCGUGCAGAGCUGAUGUCUGCCCAGGAAGACCUUGAGGAAUGCCUGACGAGAUGGACAGAGUUCGAGGAUGGUUAUCUCCACUUUAACAACUGGUUGAAGGAAACAGAGACAUAUCUCAGGUCAGAGCUGGAGUUCAAGGCCAAAUUGGAGGAGAAAAAGAAACAUUGGGAACAGUAUCAGGCAUUUACUGAAGAGAUCCAGUAUAAACAAGCAGAGCUAGACCAUGUCAAUGAGAAAGCUCAGUCGUUACUACAGACCAAUGCUGAUGCUAAAACCUCACACGCUAUAACACAACUAACAACAAGAUACCAGGGGGUCAUUGCACUCUCUAAGGAUAUUGUGAAGAACUUAGCCAACUACUACAACAACCACCUGCAUUACUCAGAUGCUCAUACUGAGUUCUCUAAUUGGUUGUCAGAGACCAAGCUUCACCUUCAGACUAUACAUAGAACAGCUGGUUCCAAGGAAGAUGUGGGCUCUAAACUUGAAAAUAUGGCUGAAAUGCAGGCAGCUAUGGACCAGGGACACAAUUUUCUCAGACAAGUGCUUGAAUGUUCCGAGAAAACAUUACCUAACACAAAUACUCGAGGAUGUCAGGUGAUCAGGCACGAGUGUGAGACAGCGAAGUCAGAGUAUGAGAACUUGCUUACAGACACUUCACAAGCCAAGCGUAGCCUUGAGUCAGCACUUUCUCAAUGGGGUGACUUUGACCGCUCCUUCGAACAGUUUCAUAUUUGGUUGUCUGCCAUGGAAUCAAAGGUGAAUUCUGACCCAGGAUUUAAAACUGACCUGCCAGAGAAAAGAUCCAGUUUGGAAAAAUACAAGGCCCUGCAGGCAGAUUGUUUGGCUCAUCGUGAACUAUUGGAGCGCUUGGAGGAGAAGGCUGCUAAUGUAAAUGAUGCCCAUCCUCAGUCUCGCGUGCUUGACCUCAGGUCACGCUAUGCAGGUGUUACUGCUGCAAUGAAAGAACUUGUGUCCCGACUUGACGGUCAAGUAUCUAGUCAUGAAGAAUACCGCAAAUCAUACAUCUGCUGUCUCGACUGGAUGGCAAACACAAGACACCGACUGCAGAGACUGAGCGACUUCUCUGGUGACAGGAGAACUUUGCAAGAUAGACUUCAGCAACUGAAGGAAUUUAAAGGUGAAAUGCGACAAGGCCAGGACAUGGUGAACAAUGCUACACAGCUGGGUGAGCGCGUCUGUCAUACCACUGCUCCACGUGGACAAGACGCUAUCCACAAGGAAAUCCAAACACUCAAAGAUGAUUGGUCAAGCUUCUCUGCUGCAGUGAAUGAAGUAGAGUCAAACUUGGAGUCAUGUAUAGGAAACUGGGUCGAGAUGGAUGAUGCUUUAUCAGGAUUCACACACUGGAUGGAGAAAAUGGAAAGACAGAUGAAGAAUUUGAAUGACAGUAAAUCAGAUAGUUCCAGGAAAGAGAGGUUGUUCAGGGAGGCAGAGGAUCUGCUUAGUGAAGUAGUUAAUAAGAAAUCUUCUCUCGAGCUUGUGAGGGAGAAGGGUGAAGCUGUUGCUCAGCGUAGUACAGAUCCUAGACUCUCCAACAACAUGAUGCAGCUUGCAACCAGGUACCAGGCUCUCGUCUCAGGAGCUAAGAACCUUGUGUCUCAGCUCAGUGAGAAUGCCAGGGAUCAUAAGGAAUAUAAUGAUGCCUUUGAUGCUGCCACAAAAUGGUUGGCUGCCAUGGAGGAACGUGUACAAGAUUGUAACGAUACUGCUGGUGAUUGGCAUACACUGCAAGACCGAAUGGAUGCCAUUAAGAAUAUAACGGCGUGUAUGGAUGAAGGAUUACAGAAGGUAAACCGUGUAUGUGAUUUGGCUGAGAAAAUACUUCCAAACACCUCGUCAGAGGGUAAACGCCUCAUAGAACAACAAGUUACAGAACUCACCAAUGAAUGGGAGAAACUCAAUAUGUCAAUUACAGACUGCAAUGCCAUGCUUGAGGGUGUACAGGAGCGCUGGAAUGACUAUGAAGAGUACUAUGGCAGCCUGGUCAAGUGGCUGGCUGACAUGGAGAAUACUCUAGGCAUGGACCCAGAACCUAAACCCUCGCUGGUUGAGAAGAAAACACAAUUAGACAAAUACAAGUUGAUGAUGAGUGAUAUUGAGAACCACCAGAGAAUGGUGAAUGAGUUAGCUGAAAGAGUGGCAAAUCUUGAGGCACUCAGUGAAAACCCAGAAAUUACCGAUUCCUUACAAGACGUACAGAACAGAUAUGACAGAGUGCGAAAUAGAUGCAGGGAGCUUGUCAACAAGCUGGACCGCAGUUACCAGGAACAUUUUGGUUUCCAUGAAGCCCAGCAGGAGAGUGAGAAAUGGUUGUUGCAGACGUCAUUCCGUCUGAUGAACCAUAACUCCUUGAACUGUAGCACCAUGGAACUGACAAACAGGCAGCUUGAAAAACAUAGGAUUCUGCUUAGAGAAAUUGAAGAGUACCGUACUGUACUAGAUAGAGUAAACCUGAAAGGACGUAGACUAAUUGACAACAAUGCUCGGACACCAAGGCUUGCUGAACAAAUGCAGGCACAAUUACAGAACCUGGAAGAAAGUUACAUAAAUCUACAGAAAACAGCAGAACAAAUACGAGAUCGCCUAAAUGAUGUACUGAAGCGGUGGCAAGAGUAUCGCGGAAAUCUGGAGACAACGGACCGUUUCUUGAAGGAGGAGUUCCCUCACUGGCUGAAGGAGACGGACAGCGAUAUACCAGACAGUAAAAAUGAUGCCCAGAGAAAAGUGGAAGGAGUUAAGGGCAUGAUGGACAGACUGACCACAAUGAGGCAGGAUAUUGACAGUUGCGCACAGCGGUGUGAGAACCUUGGCAGUGUCGACAACCUUGACGAGACUGACUUACCAGAAAAUACACCAAUAUAUCAGCUGGCUGAACAAGUCAACACAGAUCUUCAACAGGCAACUGGCGAGGUUGAACGUCGCUUGAACCAACUACGAGACAAUAUGCAGCAGUGGGAUUCAGUUGAUAGAAUGAGGGUUGACUUGAGGGCAUGGCUUCAUGACAUGCAAGAAGAGGUAGAUGAACUGGAGAAACAACCAUCAAAACUCCAUGCAGAGGCAUGCGAAGUUGACAUAAGCAAGCUACAAGGCAUUAGAGAAGAGGUGCAAGCAAGAGGUCCUGCAGUUGAAGGCCUUUUGGCACGCUAUAGAGAACUGACCCAACAUAAUCCUGACCUCCAAGACCCUGUUGUAAAAGCUGUCAAAGAUGAUUGGGAAGAACUGCUUGGACAAAUUGAAAACUUGAUAGAAGAUAGAGAGCAAGCACUACAAGCUGCCAAGGAGCUCCAAGCCCGGGAAAAUGAGAUGGAUGAUGACCUUGAGAAUUACAUCAACGAGUUGGAGAAGAUAGAAUCAGCUGAUGUGGCAACCACUCAGAAAGCAGCUAUGAUGAAGACUUUGCAGAAAGACAUUGAAGCUUAUGAAACCAAGGUUGAUGAACUAAGGAACCAAGGCAGUGAAGUUACAAAACGAGUCAACCCCCUUGACAAGGAGCUGGUUGAAGACCAAAUCAAAAAAUAUAAAUCAGUUGCAAAAAGAAAGAAAUCAAGGAAACGAGAGAAGAAGUUUGGCGAUGUCAAAGCAAAAUCUGAGCGGGCACAGAAAGGUUUUGAAGUACUGGAACUUGACUUGGAGGAAAUCCAGGGAAAAGUUGACCAGUAUGUGGCCUGGUUGAAGAAGAAAGAGGAGCAGAUACAACUGACCCGACCCCAGGGGUACCAAGUUAGUGAGGCAGAGGCAAACAUGCACUACAUCAAUGGUUUGUGCUCCGAACUUGAAAACCGACAGUUCACCCUGGACACAGUAAACAAGAAGGUUGAAUCUGUUCUCCCAGAUCUUACACCUAAAGACCGCGAGGAGAUGGAGAAUUCCAUUAAAUCAUUGAGUACAGAACAUAACCGGGUGUAUGGUGUGGCUGUACAGCAGAAAAACGUGCUGGCCAAGGCCCUGAAUGCACGGGAAGUGUUCCAGGUUGGGCUCGACAGGGUUAACCUCUGGUUGGAGGAUAAAGAGCAGAAAAUUACAAAGCUUGAGAGACACAGAUUGCUGGCAAAUGAUGUUGAGAAACAAAUGGAAAAAGCAAAGCCAACAAUGUUGGGUGUAAAGAGUUUGAUGUUGGAGAUAGAGAAAUAUGAGCCGAACAUUGAGCAGGUGGGGUCACGAGUCCAAACCUUGCAGCAAGACUGUAACCCAGAGCAGUGUACUGAACUAGAUGAGAAACUAACAGAUGUUCAGAAGAAAUUCUCAGAUCUAAAACAGCACAUGACAAUUGUACAUGAGAAACUGCAGACCGGACUUGCGGCAAGGAAGGUGCACGAGGGUGACCUUCAGAAACUGGAGCGCUGGUGUAAGGAGGCGGACAUGAAGUGUGCAGUAGAACCGUCUCUGGAUUGCGCCACAGAAAUUCUUGAGGAACAAUACAAACAGUAUAAGACAUUGGACACAAGUGCCCGUAUGUUUGAAUCUCUCCUGAAUGAGAUAGAGGAUCGGGCUCAGGGCUUCCUCCCUUUCCUAACUGAAGCAGACACCAUGACAAUGCAGCAGACAACAAAAGCUGCACAUGAGAAAUUUGACAGAUUAUCAAAGACUAUCAAGGACAGAGUCAAGUCCCUUGAUGAAGCUCUUCAAACAAGAGACCAGGUUGGUGAUGGUAUCCAAGAGGCCAAUAAUUGGAUAGCUGGUAUUCAGGAUGACUUGAGGCAGAUUACACGUACAGUUGGGCCCACUGUGAAUGAUGCCGAGGAUGUUCUUAAACAAUAUGAGAAUGUUGCUGAGAAGUUGGCCAAUUACCAGCCAGCUAUUGCACAACUUAACCAGGCAGUCGAGAGACUACGUAAUCUAGGUCAGCACACUGAAGCAGAAGAGAUAUUGCGCAUUACAUCACAAUAUGAAAUGCUUGGUGACCAAGUAAGUCAGCAGACAAAGAAAUGUCAGCAGGCCGUAUCGUCACGGCAACAACUUGAAGACCAGAUGAAAGAUAUUGACAACCUGGUGAAGGAAUGUGAAGAUUCUACUGACUCGGUUAUUGGUUUACAAGUUCCUGUUCCAGAAAAGAUUGAAAAAUUAAAGGCUGUAUCAGCAAAACUUCAAUCUGCUGGUCCCAUGCUCUUUGCAAUGGGGGAUAGGGCCCAGCAGAUAGGGAUAGAGGGAACCAGCACUGAUGCACAGGCUGUGUCUAAUAUGACGGAUGACAUCAAGGCUCGGGUGGAUGACCUGAAGAAGAUUGCGGACAGGAAAACAAAACAGUGUGAAUCCAUUCAGAGAAAUCGUGAAGAUUUUGAAAGUUUUGUUAACGAGACAAUGAACUGGCUUGAUACUAAAGAGGAGAUGCUGGCCUCUUGUACAUCCCUUGACCUUGACCCACAAAAGGUCAAAUCAUCUCUACAAAAACAUCAGGAAUUGAAGAAGGAGUUUACAGAUAGGCUUUUACAAAUACGAGGCCGUGCAGAGACACUUGCGAGAGAUGCACUGGACAAAUUGGACACAAUAAAAAUGAAAGCUGAAGUGGAGAAAUCUCACUACAAGAACAUGGAUGAACCAAUCCCUGAUCAACUCACAGAAAAACUUGAACAAAUUGACACUUUGGAAGACAGUAUAAAAGGUGCCAUUGCUAAGAAGGAACAGUAUUUAGUGGAGGCAUCUGCUGACAGAAUGCAGCUUGAAGUAUCUAUGAAGCAGAUCACUGAUUGGAUACAAGGAGCUGAGGAACUACUAGACUCUGGAUAUGAGGGGCUCGACUAUGAUACGCUUAAUGAUACCAUCAGUGAACAUAAGGACUAUUUCUCUGAAGCCAGCAUGUGUCAGGAUGAGAUGGAACAGGUCAUGGAAUUAUCUGAACGUCUGUUACCAACACUUGAUAUGAAUGACACAGAAACCUUGAGACAAUCCCUGAAAAAUACCAGUCAGAAACUGGCAAACAUCAUGGCAUCCUCACAGAGACAGCAGUCAAAUAUGGAGAAAAAGGCACAAGAAUGGAAUGAAUAUCAGGACCUUGUACUGCAGGUGACCUCUGACCUACACCUAUUGGAAGAUGAAUGGGAGGCCCUGGAUAGUGUUCCACUAAAUACACCUUCCAAUAUAAACAAGCAUCUGCAAGAAACAAAACAAUUUAUUGAGAAGGCUGAGAGUCUGCGACCCGCCAUAUCUGAAAUCAAUGACAGAUCACAUGACCUUGAUCGUGGGGCAACUGAGAAGAGUAAAUUGUUCAUUCAUGGUCUGCUGGCAGAAGUGAAUGAGCGAUGGAAGAACCUCGUUUCUAAAACAGAAGGAAAACAAAUGUCAUUACAGGAUCUAGAAGCCCAUUAUGAAGACUACACUAACCUGCUGGGUACAGUGGACCAGAUAUUAGAUCAAGCGGAGGCUAAACUGCCCUCACCUGUUGACCUGGAUGAGGUCAAAUGUCCAGAACUUGUUGCUCAGCUAGACAGAACCCAGGAGUUACUGGAAUUGCUGGAAGUAGCAGAACCUAAGAUUACAGCACUGAAGAAAUGUGCACACCAACUACAGAAGAACCUUCCUACUGCCGAGGCCAAAGUUCAGUCACAGGAUAUCGUGAUGGCAAUGCUGGAAAAAUAUGAAAGGAUUGGUGACAGUGCCAAUGAACAUAAACAGUUACUGCAGGAAGAGAUAGAUGAUAGAGAAGGUUUUAACACAGAAGCGAAGCAGACGGUCGAGUGGCUGACAGAAACCAAGGUAGAGCUGACACAGUUAGCUCCCUGUAUGGAGGAACCUACUGCCAUGGAGAAAAUUGAGAAAUUAAAGUUAUCAGAACAAGAGAUUGCAAUCCGAAUGGAACAGAUGAGACAUAUGGCACAGUUACACGAGACCAAGUUCAGAUCUCAAGGUCGUGCUGUUCCUAAAGAGCUCCAGGAACAAUAUUCCGUCAUGGCUGCCUUGGAACAGGAAGUCAAUGCUACCAUGGCAACCAAAGAGGAGGAGCUUCUUCACUUGAAGGCAGAUCGUCAUGCCUACAGUACAGAACUGAAGUUGGUGACCACAUGGCUGUCUCAAGCACAGGAACAACUACAAGACAGAGUUAUAGACAUCCCAGAAGCUAUUUAUAGACAUGAGGAGUUACUUGGUGAGUUUGAUCCUUUCAAGAAGAAGUUAGAUACUCUCCGAACCAAAGGAAGUGACCUGAUCAAGCACACAUCUGACCCUGUAGAGAAACAGACAGUACAGAAAGCUCUAGCUGACACUAACAGAUCCUGGUCUGCAGUGCAAAGCAAGGCUGGAGAGAAGACAAGACAACUUAAGGAGGCAGAGGAACUCUCUAAAGGUUUUAACGAGACUUCUGAAGCUAUAGAGAGAUGGUUAGGACAGUCAGAAGCUCAGAUUGCUGUAGAACCAACCUGGGUUGACUUUGAUAGAGUCAGAGACCAACUCAAAUCUAAUAAGAAGCUUUUAAAGGAAUCAGAGCAGCAGCAGAAGAAACUUGGUCAUCUAAAUGCUUUAGUGAAACAAAUGGAGCCUCUGUGUGAAACAGUUCCUCAAAUGGAGAAGCUUGCUGAUCUCAGUCACAAGAUGUUUGAUGUUAGAGCUAGGACCACAGACAAGGUGAAUGACCUGGAAGAUGUGAAUGAGCAGAUAGAAGAGUAUGAAGUGGAGCUGGCAGACAUUAAACAAUGGAUGGAGAAAACAAGAGCUCACCUCACCAUGAGAGAUGAUACAUUGACACUGAAAGAUCAGCUACACAUGCAAGAGAACUUAAUUAGUGACAUAGAGAGUCACAAGGGGAAAGCACUCUAUGUUUUAGAAAAGCAUGCAGAACUUCAUGCAGCUGUUGGAGAGGAAUCAAGACUUCAUAACACCAAUCUUGCUGCAGAAAUCAACGCUCUUCUUGAUCAGGCUCGUACAGAUCGUGACGAACUACGUGAGGCGGUGGCGCAACAAGAUCGUUACGAGGCAGAAUUACGAUCACUGUCUUCAUCAAUUACAGAUGCCCAGGAGCAACUUCUUGGCUCUCCAAUUCUAGCAAGCAGUGUUGAUGAUUUAAAGGCACAGAUCACAGAGCGCAAUGAAUUAGCUCAGCAAAUUAAAGUUUACCAGGCUAGAAUCAAUGAAAUAAGUGAAAAAAGUCACUAUUUAGCAGAGAGGAGUGCUGACCUGGGACCCCUUUGUGCAAGAAAACUUUAUCAUACUGGAGAUCGUGAGACUCGUGUCCUUGACCUGGUCAACACUUUAAAUGCUCCUCUCGAACCUUAUGUUUCACCACUAGCAUCACCAGGGUCACCAGACCACAGUAUAAAAUAUCAGUAUCAAAAUCCCCUGAAACUAUUCAAAGAUGGACUUGGACCUUUUGAAGCAUUGGUUGCUGAUAGUAUCCCAGGGAUACCAUGGAAUGACACUACUGAACCACCUCACAGAGAAUCCACUAACAAUGAUAUACUGUCAGAAAGUCCUGGCAAAUUUUUGCCAAAACAAUCUGAAAGGAUUAAACCUGUUGUUGAUAUCAAAAACAUGUCAUCUCCAAAUUUAUCAAAAACUGACUCCUCAGCUAGGUUCAAGGCUGGAUCAACUCCAGAUGUUACUAGGAUACAUCCAGGUGUAAGAUUGUCAUCAGGAGGUCCACAUCUAUCACAGUCCCACAUUGAGAAGGAACAAACACAGUUUGAUAGUGGUGUGAAUAUCUCUUCUCCAGCUUCUAGAAGUUCAGCUAGAACUUUGUCAGAAGGUCGACAGCCAUUUUCUGAUAUAUCGCUUCCAGAUAGUGAAACGAUGGAAUUAUCUAUAGAAAUACCAGGAACUUACAGUAUGCCUCCAAAGAGAAGUCAUAGUACAGACAGGGAGAGUAAGGGACAACCUAAAUCAAAGUCUCUCCGGUCUUCUAAUGACAUGAGUGACAUUGGAAGUGUGAAAUCUGGUAGUUCAGAUGAACCAAGAUCCAGUACCUCAAGACAAACUGAUUCUGAAGGUGGUGACACUGCCUCAUUAACUUCCCAUCCAAUGACAGCAUCACCAUCAUCUUCAUUGACCAACCAGAUAAUUCCUUCACCUAGGUCAGGUGACAGGAAACAGCCAAUGACUUUUAUUGAUAAUAUAAAUGAUGAUUCAAUAUCAAAAGAAGAAAUUCCUGAGGAGAUGUUAGAACUGAAACAAAGGAAAGCUGAGGCUCUUUCACCAUAUAAACCUAGAUCUAAGUAUUUAGCAUCAAAACUUGGUUUUGUUGACAAAGAGAGUGACAGUGAUAAAGAUCUAACUAGAAAAUCAUUUGACAGCCUUGCAAAUGACUUCAACACAGAACAAGUAAGUAAAACUGAUAAUGGUUCCUCUAGUUAUACAGAUAAACCAUGGAAAGUGAAAGGAGACAGGCCUAAAACUACUAGAGGUCCAGUAAAGGGAGAGCACUCUAUUGGAGUCAGUUCUGAUUUAAAUGUACCUGAAGUUGAACCAAAAUUCAUGUCUGAGAGAGAAAGUAGAAAGUCAUACAGACCAAGAUCACCAUCACCUUUGACCUUACCACCUUCUUCAAGGUCACAUUAUGACCUUUUAAAACCAUCUAGGACAAAAGAAGGAAAUGCUCUGAAGGCAAACUCAAUGGAUAAGAUAAGGGGUCACAGGUCUUUAUCACCGAAGCAUGAAGAUAGAAAAGGUUUAAGGUCAAGGCAAGAGGAUAAAGAUGAUCAGUAUUCAGGUCCACUUUCAAAGUCCUUGACCUCUGCACAGAUAAGGUCAAUGGGUUCAAAGGGCAGCAGCACUAACAAAGAUACGCUUGGCAUAUCUAACAAGGGAGCAUGGGAUCCGGAUUUAUCACGGAGUGUGCCAAGCUUGCUAGAUCCACAUCUCCGAGGGUUACGGGAUCGCAGUUCAUCUUUUGGGUCAAGGUCACGCCUUGGAGGUUCAGGGUCAUUACUAGGGUCACAUAGUGCAUCUCGCAGCUCUAAGUUUGAUGACCUUAGCUCUUCAUGGCAAAAUUUACAGAAGCAGCUUGGCACAAAGGAGCGUGAGCUUCAGUUGGCACUACAGAAACAAGAACGGUACCAGUCUACGGUCCAGGAUGUGACUGCACGUAUGGAACGAGUUCAACAGAAGCUGGCUAGUCUUGGGACGUCUCCCUUUAAGAAUCUUGAACAACAAAUCAAAGAUCAGAAGGAGGCUGAACAAGAGAUAGAAUGCUUAAGAGAGGACAUUGUGCGUGUGAAGGAACGUGGACGUCAGAUAAUGGAGUCUGCAGAUCCAGAGGGGUAUCAAGCCAUGCAGGCAACACUGGCCAUGUUAACAGACAAGAUAGAUAAUCUUCAGGCUAUGGCAGACGACAAGGCUAAAACUCUUCAGAAUGCAAUGAAAGGUAAAGAGCGACACAAGGUAGCUCUAGGUGCAUACAAGAAACAUGUGAAGGAAAUUGAGGACUGGAUGGAUGAGAUGAAGGUACGAGCGGCAGCGACACCACUAGCAACAGACACUGUGGGAACUCUGCAGCAACAGCUCCAAGAAAACAAGGAUCUUCAGAAUGAGUUGAACCGUCGUCUGCAGCAUGUUGCUGACCUUGCCAUUCAGUGUGACAAUCUGUGUGAACUGGAGACCCCAGAAGAGGCUGACAAACUUCGCUCUCAACUUGCCACUUUACAACAAAACCUUGGAAAUCUCAAACUAGCUGCCAUAGAAAAACAAGCACCACUACGAACAGCAAUCAAAGAAAGUGAGAAGAGAACUAGGGAAAUGGAUGAUUAUGAAAAGAAUGUGAAGAACUUGCAGAAAUGGAUCACAGAUACAAAGUCACUCGCUCAAGCUCCUCUGGUUGCAGAAGAUGCCACUAUGGUUUCCAUGACACCACGAGAAAAACAAGAACUUCAGCAGCAACUGCAAACUGACCUGUUCCAGCAUAGGAAUUUGGUGCACCAGUUGAGUACAGAGAUGAAGGCAUGGGAACCUCAACGACCAACAAGGGACACAACUGCAUUUACUCCCUUGAGUGAGGAGGCCCUUCAACCUCGUUGGGAGGCCCUGUCUAGAGAGCUAGAAGAGAAAAGAGAAAAUCUUGACGAUCUAAUUAGAAAGACAGAUGACCUGAUUGGACCAAAGAAGUAUGGUCGUCGUAGCUAUGGAACUGAUGGGUCACCCAAACUCACUGAUGUUAGACGGCACCUAGGUGCACUGAAUGACCUCUGGAAACAGUUACAGGUACAGGUUGAUGACAAACAGAUACGUCUGGAGAAGGUGCUUGAAUUCCAGCAGCGGUACCAAGAUGCCUUACACAAGGUGUCCAGCUGGCUGGAUCUUGCUGAGCAAAAGCUCUUUGCUCCAGACUCUACAAUGAACUCUGAGGAAAAGGUCAAGGAAAAUGAGGACAUACAGAGAGAGAUUCGCUCCCUGCAAGGUGAGAUUCACUCCAUGGGUCGUGCAGCACAGGAACUUCUAGCUGUUACCAAUGCUGACAGUCAUGACCUGAUCAGACAGAGUCUGGCCAACCUAAACAACAGAGUUCAAACCCUUGAGUCACAGGCCAGGGAGCAGGGAGAUAAACUGAGAGCUGUAGAUAGAAACUACAAGUCUUAUAAGGAUGAGGUACAGAAUCUAGAAACCAAGAUGCUUGAGACCCGUGACAUGAUGGCCAGCCCAACACUGAGUGCACCCAUCAGUCAGCAGAUGGAUAAAAUGCAGGAUGCUAUUGGCUAUGAGCAGAAAAUUGAGGGUCAGAUGAAGAAAUGUGAGACACAACUGGAGGGUGUCAAGAAACGUCAGUCAGAGUUGUCCUCCAUGGACCCAGAGAUUAUCUCCCCUUAUGAAAUGGAAUCUUUACAGUCCAACUUUAUGGAUCUCCAAAGAAAGGUAAUGGAGAAGAAAGCAACUUUACAAGAAUCUGUGUCAGUCCAGGAGCAGUAUGAAAAGCUUCUACAGGACUAUGCUGACUUCCUGGAAACAGCAGACGAGAAAUUGAAGACAGAACAAAUCUCCGCCAGAGAUCUAGAUCAUCUUAAACAACAACUCAUUGCUCAUAAAGAUUUCUUCAGUGACCUUGAAGUUCACCGUGCCAUGUUAGAUUCUCUUGUUGCUCAGUGUGACAAGGCAACUAAACAGAAACAUCUUCCACAGCAUACAAGACUCAGUAACCUCACGUACGUCCUUCAAGACAAGGCCAGUCUCCAUGGGCAACGUCUUGAUCGUCUCACCCGACAGUGGGCGGAGAUGGAGGAAAAAUUCAACCAAUUGCAGCGCUUCUUACAUGACAUUGAAACUCAGAUACCUAAACCAAUAGCAAAUGAGGACACUUUACAAACAAUUCAGAAUAAAAUAACAACUUAUCAGAGAUUACAGAGGGAAUUAGGUGAAGAAAAACCAGCAGUAUUCCAGGUGGUUGAUAAAGGGAAACAACUCUUGCAUAGUGUUAAUUGUCCAGCAUUAGAAAUGUUAGUCACAGACGUUGCUGAAAAAUGGGUGGAUUUGAAUACAGAAUUGUCACAUGAAUUGAAAAGAUCUCAGUCCCUGGGUGAACAGUUACAUGUAUUUGAAGCAGAGGCAGCUAUACUUAAAUCUUGGCUUACUGCCGCUAGAUCAAAACUUAAUGGAAUUAAACAGCUUUCCUCCAGUGACCUAAAGAGUAUUGCUACUGUCAGAGGAAAAAUAGAUAAAAUAUUGGAAUUCCGCAAGGAGGUAGAAAACCAACUUCCCUUAAAGGAGAAGGUACUCUCCAUUGGCAACCAGUUGCAACAGAGUCAGGUAUACCAGACUUCCGACCUGGAGGAGAGAAUGAGAUAUCUAGAACAUGAAUGGGCUCACCUAGAGCAUGAUAUCAACAACAGUGAGGAGUACCUGCACCAGGCACAGAUGGAUCUGAUGCCAUCGAGACAGGCUCUCGGAGAACUCAAUGCUUGGCUUACAGAGAUUGAGGAGACCUUACAGGAAGAGAAGAACAAACCGCUGAAGAACCUGGCAGAUAUGGAAGUACUUCUCAAGAAAUACAAGUCCUACAAGAUAGAUCUGUCCAGUAAACAACUUACUGUUGAUUUUGUCAACCAAGAUGUCUUACAACCAAAGGAUGAAUUUGAAGGUCCACCACCAGCUGAAAGAAAUGAGUUUUCAGAACGACUAGGCAUGCUAAAUGGUCGGUGGAAAGACGUUAGCAAACAUGUAUCUGAUCGAUUAAAAUCCCUUGAGGCCAUUCACAACAAAUGGGAUGAGUUUGAAAAAGCUGUCGCUCGUUUUAUUGCCUGGUUCCAUGAACAAGAAGAUAAAUUGAAGAAAUAUCGCCUGAUAGGUCAUGAAGUCAGUGUGCGGCAGACACUCAAAGAUGUCAAGGUAUUGCAGACGACACUGAAAGCAAAACAAAUAGAGAUGAACCAGAUCAAGGAGCAUGGUGAGGUAUUGGUACAGUUGAGUGAGGACUCCCCACAAGUCAGACAUUGUAUACAGACCAGUCUCAAUAACGUUGAUGAACAAAAGAAAAAACUGGAUGUAAAUGUCCAACAGGUUCAUAAGUUACUGGAGGAUAUUUUGGCGCAGUGGGACAGUUUCCAUGGUGAGUUACAGGUUGUCAACCAGACACUGGCAGAGACUGAGUACUGUCUACAGCGUUACAAUCUUGUUGGUGGUGACAUAGCAACACUGAAAAUACAGGUGGAAAAAUUAGAGGGCUUGAUGGGAGACAUGGAAAGACAUGUUUCUCGCUAUGAGAAAUUCUCCAGCCUUGCAACCCGUUUAUCACAAGUAUGUGAACCAUCAACCAGACAGGAAAUUAAGAAGACUCAGUCUGACACCCAGAGAAGAUGGCAGGAAGUCUUCAAUGAAUUGCGGUCCAGGACAGAAAUGUUCCGUGCAUGUCUACAGCAGUGGUUGAGUUAUGAGGAUGAGUAUAAUUCAGCAAAGGUUUGGCUGGAUGCCAAAGAAAAACUUUGUGAUGAGUUAUUGUACGGGAAAGAACCAAGGACGAGACGGGAUGCAAACCUGAAAAACUGCCAGACACUGCAGAGAGAACUUGAUCAUUUCCAGUCCCAACUUGCCAACUUAUAUAGAAUGGGUGAAGAUGUCACCAAAAACAUGGACCCUUCAUCAAUAGUCAACAUCACUUCAAAACUCUCAGGACUUGAGCAACGUCUGCUCACAUUGCGACAGAAGCUUGCAAAACAUGUUCAGGGUCUCCAAGGAGAUAUGUCUCAACAGAGACGAUUCCAGGAAGCUUUUGACAAUGUGAAAGCCUUUGUUUCUCAGGCACAGAGGAUUCUCGGUAUGGAAGACCCUAACAGAUCAGCAGACGAAAAAGUACUUAGUGACCGUUUAGAACAUCUCAAGGAACUUUGUGCUCAGUUUAAUGACAAUUCUGCUAACCUUGAUUCACUGAAUGACCUUGGUUACAGGCUCGCACUGAAUGAGACCGCUGCUGCUGAUUUGCAGGAUUUGAAUCAUAAAUGGCAUGAAUUGUUUGCAGAGACCAAGGAAAGGUGCAAAACACUACAAGGUAUGCUCCUUGUACAACAGGACUUCCAGUCUAAAUGUGAUACAUGGAUGACCUUCUUGGCUCAAACUGAGGCUGACCUCUCCACAGAGAUUGCAGGAAAUCUAAUUGACCUGCUAGCACAACAGAAGAAAUGUGAGAAAUUUGAGGCUGAGAUGUACAGCAGACAGCAGAUUCUCCAUGCCAUUAUCAGUGAUGGUCAGACAAUGAUGAAUGAAGGUGACAUUGAAAACAAGGAGGAAUUCCAGCAAAAGCUUAUUCUAUUGGCUAACCAGUGGCAGAGUGUGGUGAGGAGAGCCAAUCAGAGAAAAGCUAUCAUAGAUUCCACCAUCAAACAAUGGCAGAGCUUUAAUGACAUGUCAGAGAAGUUGAGAGAAUGGCUGCAGGAGAAAGAGGAGGGACUUCAGGUCUUCAACUUUGACACUGCCUCAUUACAGAAAGUCAAAAGUCUUGUUGAAAAAGCAAAGAACACACAGAAUGAAUUCAAACUUCAAGAGGACCUCUUCAAGAACAUGAAUACCCAAGGGAAGCAACUCUUGCAGAGAGCAGACAACAAAGCUCAGGAAGAAAUCAAAGUCAGCAUGGCUCAAGUGCAGCAACACUGGCACCAGAUAUUUGUGAAAAUAGAUGGUGAACGUGAAAAACUUGAAGGUGUGCUCAAACAAUGGCGGGAAUGUGAGGACGACAUUGAGGAGAUUCUGACCUGGCUCAAGGACACAAGAAAAUCAUUGACUGGUUCUUUACCACAUGCUUAUGAAGAGCUGCAAGCAGACAUGCAUAAAUGCAAAGACAUUGAUACAGCAUUUGCCAAUGCGGAACCCAAACGUCAGUCACUUCUUGCCAAUGAAAAAGCUCUUUCCAAAACCAUCGAACCGGAGGACCUGAAUGUGCUUCACCAGAGGAUUCGUCUGCUGAACAAACAGUGGGACGAGCUGCGUAACCAGGCCAGUCUACGUGCACAACGUAUUGAUGACACCAUGUUCCGAUGGUCAAACUUCAGUCAGAAGUUCAAGGAGUUAUGUGACUGGAUAGACAGAAUGGAGGUCAAGGUCAUAUCCAGUAAAGACUUCCAUAUUGAAGAUCUUCUCAACCGAAUGGAAAAGGACUUUAAGAGUGAGAUGGCAGACAAAGAGAAGAGCAAGAAUGACCUUGUAUCUCAAGGUCAUGCCCUUAUGAAGAUCAGCAGUGAGGUCAGAGCCAGUGAUAUAGAACAAAAGGUCAUUAGGCUUGAAGAUAAAUGGGAACAUCUGAAAGCUGUCAUACAGUUCAGGCAGCGGAAGUUACAGGAGACACUGCUAGCAGUACAACAACUGGAUGUUAGCAUGAGUAACUUAAGGAAAUGGCUCGCUAACAUGGAGGAUAAUUUAUCUGCCCCUGUUGUCUACCAGGAGUGUGAACGGAAAGAAAUACAGAAAAAACUACAACACCAAAGUGAUCUACAACAUGACAUUGAACGUCACAGUCCAGGUGUGGGAUCUGUUCUCAACCUUUGUGAGGUCUUACUGCAUGACUCGGAUGCAUGUCCAACUGAUGUAGAGUUCAACGGACUUCAGACUGCCAUGAAGAAUCUAGAGCGACGCUGGCGGGGAAUAUGUCAGCUUGCCCCAGAGCAAAGAUCAAGGAUUGAAGAGACCUGGCAGUUAUGGCAGAAGUUGAUAGAUGACUGCAGGGACUUUGGUGAUUGGCUGAAGGGCAUGGAAUCAGAGGUCACUGAGGUCACAGCCGACCAAUUAAAUGUGAGCACCUCUAGUGAAGAGUACAGCAGAUGUGAGUCUGUGCAAAGAAAGAUACUUGAAAAUCUGAGUAAGCUUGAGAACAUCAAUCGUCAGUAUCGCCGACUUGCUAGAGAAGGUCGCACCGACACAGCUGGCACCUUGAAAACUAUGAUGCAAGAUGCAAACGACCGCUGGGAUCAUAUGCAGGGUCAAAUGUCAGCCAACUUACGAGAAAUCAGACAUUCCUCAAGUAUUCGGGAAGAUUUCAAGCAGACAAAAGACUCGUUGUUAAGCUGGCUGACAGAAGUUGACAUGCAGCUCACAAAUAUUGAACAUCUGUCAUCAAUGGAUGUGAAGACUAAAAUACGAGAAAUGCAGAGAAUUCAAGAUGAAAUAGAUUCCAGAGCAAGGAAGUUUGAUUUCCUAGAUGAGGCUGCCUUGUUCCUGAUACAGAAAGGUGACAGUACAGAUGCUAUAACGACCCAGGCUGAGAUUGACUCAUUCCGUCAGUACCACAGACAGGUGCUUGACAGAGUGGCUAUCACAAAUGCUAGACUGUCUGCUAUGCAGACUGAAGAGAGAAUGCGCCUUGAUGGAGAUGAGCUGGAUCGCCUUGAACGUGAAUUGUACGCACUUGCACCAGGUGAACCAUUAACUCUAGACUGGGACAUGAAAGAAAUAGAGGCUUACCUUGAAGCUUCACCACCAGAAAGUCCACCAGAAAAACGGAGGGCAUUAUUGAAGAAAUUGCGAGAAAGGUCAAGGUCACGAUCUGCUUCUCCUAAAAAACUACCUUCUGUCACUGCCGCUACUCAUUCAUCAUUACAGUCAUCACCACCUUACAGGAGAAAAGCUGCUGAUACUGUUGAUGCAGCACCAUCUAGGGGGGCACGUAGACCUGAAUCACCAAGGCCGAACAGACAAGGAUCAGCUUCACCCACAAGGUCAAGGUCUCCUACAAGGUCAUUGAGGACAAAAUCUCCAAGACGUGUUGUGAAGGACUACGUUGAUAGCAGAGCCCAUUCACCCUCAAGGCAAGAACGAUUUAACAGAAUGAAAUCAGAAUUAACACAGCGUGGUAAGGAAGCACAGGUUGAGGAGAUCCUUGAGAAACUUGCAGACGCUCUUGAGGAAGCUACAGAAAAGAUGGAUGUAGCUGAUAAGCAACUCCGCAUUUCAAUUCCAAUAACUCCAGGCGUAGAACAUCGCUCCUUGAGCUAUUUACAGAGUAUGACUGAAGCAGAGAAAUGUGUCGAGGACGUGCGACGAAUACAUCGUCUGCUCAAGGAAGAAACCGGACUUCAUACCAUAGCUAGUGCUGAUAAACAGGUCGAAGCUGUGGUUUCACGAUGGGAAAUGUUGCAAGCUGGAGCUAUACAGAAAGAUUACCGAUUAAGUCAACAUCGGAAAGACUGGCACCAGUUCUGCACCGACCUUGAAAACAUGAUGUCGUGGCUUGACGAGGCGGAGGCUCUCCAACGUUCACAUUCUCCUCUGCCAGGGGAGAUCACUGGACUUGACUCAAUUAUCAGACAACAUAAGACAAAAUUUAAAGAGGACUUCUUAGUACAGUUGGAAUCAAAGAAAGCCAGAGUGAUAUCAAUCAAUUUAACUAGUCGAGAACUUGUUGACCCAACCUCAGAGGAAGGGAGACAACUCAUUGAUAGACUGAAAUUAAUGAAUAAAAGAUGGGAUUCUGUGUGUACAAAGGCAACAAAACUUCAGGGAGAGCUUCAAGACUCCCUGAUGCAGUGUCAGGAAUUCCAUCAUACCAUACAUGAUCUGUUACUGUGGUUAGAGGGUAUAGAAGUGAAGAUUCAGCAGUGUGAACCAGUCAAACUUGCAAAUGAUGAGGCAGCUUUGUGGACUAGACUUCAAAAAUUACGGGACAUUAAGUAUGACUUAGAGAAGAAUCAGCCCAGAGUGAUGUCCCUUAGAGACACAGCAGACCAGCUACUGUUGAAUUCAGAUUCUCCGGAAAUGUGUCAGGCGAAAGACAAGAUGCAUAUAAUUGCCAAUCGUCUCAAGGCUCUACUUAGACUGUGUUCAUCUUAUAUUUCUAGUCUAGAUACUAGACUGGACAGUAAAUCUCAUGUUCGAAGCCCAGAUCGCAGUUUUGAACUGAGCAUGUCACCCAGCUCUUCAGGUGCCAGCAGCCCUAGGGAUAGUGCCAUACGUACCAGUACACCAACACGACCAUUCCGACCCACUUUCCGCCCACUAACAAGUACAUCUACAUCAUCACGACCAAGAACAAGGUCACCUUUUGCCCUGUCAAGACAGCUUUUAUCAGGAUUGUGCCAAAUUUUGUCGGGAAUUUACCGACUAUUUGUUCAGCGACCAAAACCACCCUCAGGAACAACGGACACCUCAAUCGUACCACAUGACCCAGAUGUUGAAGAUGACAACGAUAUUGACACAACAUGUUGUCCAUUUUUGAUGAGAGUAUUACGCACUGCCCUGCCAUUACAGUUACUACUACUAUUAUUAUUAGCAAUAGCGUGUCUUGUACCAGUGACUGAAGAUGACUAUAGUUGUAUUCUAGCGAAUAAUUUCCGUCGAUCUCUCGACCCGAUGUUGCAAUACACAGAUGGACCGCCCCCAGUCUGAUUCUUUCUCAUGAAUAUUCAUUUUCUCAUACAGUAUUAAACAAUGGGACAUAAGUGCAAGUAGAUCUGUAUUCAAGUCAGUCCAAAAUCUAUUGUGGCAUAUUCAGCCAGAUAUUGUUUCAACAUGAUGUCGAAAAUGUAUAUUUCCCACAUAGAUCUAUAUUGAAUAUUUUCUGGAUUGAUUAAUAACAUAACUAUAUGUACCAGAGUAAUUUUUUGUACUAACAGUUAAGGAUCUGUCUGUGUAUUGUAUCUAUUGGUGUUGUAUAUGUGAAUUGAAUGUUGACAGACACCCAUAAAAAUUUAUAGAAGAGGAAGAACAAUUGUUGAUAAGGAUGGUACAUGAUAUGGAAAGAAGUCUUCUUUAUGGUUAUAUUGAAUGUUCUAAAGAUUUGAAAUAUGGGUGUAUAUUUUAUCUGUGAUAGAGUUGAUAUUGCACAGAUCUGACAGAAUUUGUAGAUACAUGUAUGUAUUAUCUCUGUUAAUAUUGUAUGUAUAUAAAAUUACUAAAGUUGCCAUAAUAUUUUCCACACAAAAACAGAUCAGACUUUGUCCUUGAACUAUUAAAAACUUACAUCUCUGUUGGAAUUAUAGUGUAAUAAUACCUUUUUUAAAGAAAGACACAAUUGAUCUUACACUUUUAAAGUUUUGGUCUUCACAUAAUAUCUAUAAUGCAAAAGAAGCGGGUUAAGCAAAAGUUGAUUAAUCAACAUUGCUGCAGGAAAAAACACAUUGUAAAUAGUUCUUUUAAAAAUACUACAGAUUAUUCAGAAGCCACGCCCUCUCACAUCUUCAAACUGUAUUAAUACACAAUUAUCCCAUGUUAUAUUCUGUACAUAAAUUAUUAUUUAGAAAGAUGUAUAUAUUUCCAUGGUUACCCACAUUGUUAAGCUUCAUCUGUAUUAUCAACAUCAUUUCAGUUUAUUUCCAUGGCAACUUACUGGUAAAAGACUGUGAUAUUUUAGAGACUAAUAUGUCUCACAAACAGCUGUGAUUAUGUUAUGAUAUUUCUUGUACCCAGGUUUGUAAAGUGUUGGACCAAAUGACAUGUCUGUGUAUGCGUAGAAUUGUACUAGGCAGCUCUUGGGAGUAGUAAAGAUACUGUUACAACAUAUUUGAAUAAAUUUUAUUAUCUUAAUUACUUUUUGAUGAAGUCCAUUACCAAAUCUUCACUUUUUGGACAGGAGAACAAAAUCAUUAUAUGUUUACGCAUUCAACUUACCUACAACCUUAACACCUAUUUUUGUAAAUUGUUUAUUGUUGUUAAAAGUGUAAUAGAGGACAUCUACCAUUGCUAAUUUUCCUGAGAUUUGACUUGUUGCUUUGAUAACAUUAAAAAAUUUUAUGAGGUUUCUCAGCUUGUUUGCAUUCAGACUUUGUCAUAAAUUCUGGGAUAUCAGAUAUUGUUGUGUUUGUUUUGUCUCAUUGUUGUCAGUCUCAGGUUGUUGUUUCCAUGGUGAUUGAGUGUUUACAUAUACAAAUAAUGGCUGCAAAAUAGCACAAAAUGGCCACAUAGCGAUUUAUUGUCAGUGAAUGAUAGACUGUUUACUUUGAAUACAAAAUUCCGUUUGCUACAUGUUUCUUUGCAACCUUACAGUGAUAGGGCCAAUUGCUUUUUGUUGCAAAGUUACCUGUUUAAAUGGUUGAUAAAUUAAUUAUUGCACUGCAAAAUGGCCAUGUUUUUGUAUGUAUGAAAUAUACACUUUUUAAAACUUUGUUAGAUGUUGUUCAUACAUUAUAUAGGGUAAUUCCAAUUGCCCAUCCUUUUGUUGAUAGUUCCAUGUUAGUGCUUGUUGUUAUGUCAUAAUGCUAUUUAUUUAGGCUUCUAUUUAUGAAACAUUUGUAGAUAUAUUCUAAAGAUUUCUAGCUUUUAUAUAAUAUUAUGUAGUUACUUGAACUGAUUUUAGGCAACUUUCUUUUCAGAUAUUUAUGCUUUUUAUGCAACAUUUGAAAGUUGUUGCUAUGUUAUUUUUUAGACUCUUAUUCUUUGUAAAAUCUUACACAGAACUUAUUUUUAACUAAAUUUUAUACUAAACCAACACAGCUAGUAUUUUACCCUAAAUUUUACAAAACAGAAUUUAAUUUGAAAAUGCUAGAAUUGUGUAAGGAAGUGAAGAUUAAGAUUGUUUUAGAAGAAUGAAUGUCUAGCUUGCAUAGAACCAGUAUGCUUAUUUUGAUACUUGUAUGAUGUUACGACAUAAUAUUAAAAGAUACAUUUGUA